AUGGGGAGGUGGGAGAAGCAGUCCUUGAACGAUUACCUCCCCAUACCCAAGAUUACACCACCAGUAGAGACGGCCUCUGGCUACGACCUGGAGACGGCCUCUAGCAACGACACCACCAGUAGAACGGCCUCUAGCAACGACACCACCAGUAGAACGGCCUCUGCAGCGACACCACCAGUAGAACGGCCUCUAGCUACGACACCACCAGUAGAACGGCCUCUAGCGACACCACCAGUAGAACGGCCUCCUGGCUACGACACCACCAGUAGAACGGCCUCUAGCAACGACACCACCAGUAGAACGGCCUCUAGCAACGACACCACCAGUAGAACGGCCUCUAGCAACGACACCACCACAACGACACCACCAGUAGAACGGCCUCUAGCAACGACACCACCAGUAGAACGGCCUCUAGCUACGACUCCACCAGUAGAACGCCUCUGCAACGACACCACCAGUAGGCCCACUGGCAACGACACCACCAGUAGAACGGCCUCUGCAACGACACCACCAGUAGAACGGCCUCUAGCUAACGACUCCACCAGUAGAACGGCCUCUGGCAACGACACCACCAGUAGAACGGCCUCCAGCAACGACCCACCAGUAGAACGGCCUCUAGCAACGACACCACCAGUAGAACGGCCUCUAGCAACGACACCACCAGUAGAACGGCCUCUGGCUACGACACCACCAGUAGAACGGCCUCUGCACACCACCACCAGUAGAACGGCCUCUAGCAACGACACCACCAGUAGAACGGCCUCUGCAACGACACCACCAGUAGAACGCCUCUGCUACGACUCCACCAGUAGAACGCCUGAAUCCCGGGCCUCUCGUAAAGGAUCGCUGCCAUGCGCCAGCUCUUCAGGCUUCUACGCCCUUGACUCUUCAGGCUUCUACACCUUGAUCCCUUCAGGCUACGCCCUUGACUCUUCAGGCUUCUACUCCCUUGACUCUUAA